GCCGGGCCGCGCGGCGGGUGCGGGUCCGGGUCCGGGUCCGGUGCCGUUGGGGUCCGCCCGGGUGUCGCGCCAUGGAGCCGGCCGAGGCGGAGUUCCUGGCCGAGAAGGAGCUGGUGACGAUCGUGCCCAACUUCAGCCUGGACCGGAUCCACCUCAUCGGGGGAGAUCUAGGUCCUUUCAAUCCUGGUUUGCCAGUGGAAGUACCUGUCUGGUUGGCCAUUAAUCUGAAGCAGAGACAAAAAUGUCGUCUGAUACCUCCAGAAUGGAUGGAUGUUGAAAAACUGGAGGAAAUCCGGGACCAGGAACGUAAAGAGGACACCUUCACUCCGAUGCCCAGUCCCUAUUAUAUGGAACUCACAAAGCUGCUAUUAAACUAUGCCUCAGACAACAUCCCAAAAGCCGAUGAGAUUCGGACGCUCGUUAAGGAUACCUGGGACACUCGGAUAGCCAAACUGCGGCUGUCUGCGGACAGCUUCGUCAAACAGCAGGAGGCCCAUGCCAAGCUGGAUAACUUAACCUUGAUGGAAAUCAACACAAUUGGGACUUUUCUUACUCAAGCCUUAGAUCACAUGUACAAGCUCCGGACCAACCUUCAACCUGGCGAGAGUGCCCACUCUCAGGAUUUCUGAGAGCCUUAGAACAAGGAAGAUGUGCCAGCAAUGAGAGGUGUCUGGGAUUCUGCUGGGGAGACAGGCUGGGAAGCAGAUCCAUCUGCUGCUUGGAGAAGGACAAAAGGAAAUAUCUUUGCCUCUCCAAAGCCAGGCUGUUCUAUAUUAUUUUACAUCUGACUUCUUAUCUGAAACUGUGCAUAAAAAUAAAUAAAUAAAUAA